AGGGAGCGCGAGAGCGCGCGGCAGAGAGAGAGAGAGAGGGAGACACACGGAGUGCGCGCGUGACAGAUAAAUAGAUAGACAGAGCGAGGGAAGGAGAGAGAGAGAGAAAGAGAGAGAGAGGGAGGUAGAGUGGUCUGUCUGCAGUCGCUGUUCUCGGCGCGUUGUGAAGAUGCUCCGCGCUGCGCUGCUGCUGCUGGUGUGUGUGUGCGCGGGUGUGUGCGUGUGCUCGGCGGCGCUGCCCGGAGCCUCCGGCCGCGGAGACAGCGGCAAUUUCCUGGAUGACAAAUGGCUGACAGGACGGUGGGACAAAUUCCGAGACGAGCCUGGAUCAUGGAACCCUGGAAAGCCAUUUGAUCAAGCUCUGGAUCCAUCCAAGGACCCCUGCUUAAAGAUCAAAUGUGGCCGACACAAGCAGUGUGUGGCAGAAGACUACAAAACACCUACCUGCGUUAGCCAGCGCAGGAUAAGUUUCAGUAAGGAGAUGGGAUUGAACCCCGCUCUACUGAAGUGUAAAAGAUGUCCAGUGGUGCGUCCAGCGCCGGUCUGCGGAACAGACGGACACAGUUACUCCAGCAAGUGUAAACUGGAAUAUCAGGCCUGUAUCUCUGGGAAGCAGAUUUCUGUGAAAUGUCCAGGACAGUGUCCCUGCCUGUCACAAUCAGGAAACCCCACGGAGAAGAAAGUCUGCAGCGAGGCUGAAAUGAAGGAGGUCGUAAGCAAACUGAGAGACUGGAUCAUAGACCAACAUGAAAGUGGGAAUCCCAGCAAGAAACUCAAGUUCCACAAACCAGACAAAAGGGUGGAUAUGAGUAGGGUUCCUCUGUGUAAGGACUCUCUGGGUUGGAUGUUCAGCAGACUGGAUGUAAACUUUGACCUCCACCUGGACCAUUCAGAGCUGGCUGGUCUCGGCCCAGAGAAGAGCGCUGUGUGCACCAAGGCCUUCCUCAGGUCAUGUGACUUAGGAAGAGACCAGCUCAUCUCCAGCCAGGAGUGGUGCUCCUGCUUCCAGAGACACCAAGAAUCUCCGUGCCAAACAGAAGCUAACAACAUCCACAAGCAGCAAGCUGGGAAGAAGCUACUGGGCCAGUACAUCCCAGCCUGUGACGAGGAUGGCUUCUACAGGUCCCACCAAUGCCACGGCAGCACUGGGCAGUGCUGGUGCGUUGAUCGCUAUGGAAACGAGGUUGCUGGGUCACGCAAGAUGGGGACGACUGAAUGUGGACCUGCAGAGGAGUUUUCUGGGGACUUCGGCAGCAGCGGUGACACUCUGCUUUCAGAUGACGAGGACGACGACUUCCUGAACGACGAAGAGGAGGUGGGAGACGAUGAGGAGUACGACAAUGAUGACGACGACGAUGACGACAGCUACCUGUCAUAAUCCAUUUUCUUUUUUUUUUCUUUUUUUUUUUAAAAAAGGGGGGAACCAAAAACAAAAAGAGAAAGAGAGACGUUCUGUUCUGUCUAAAGCACGUUUUUUUGGGGACACUGGCAGAAAUCAGUACUAAUAUUACUACUAAUGGCUUAGACAAAAAGGUAUAUCUUCCUCUCUCUGUGUGUCUUGUUGAACAUUUGUACAAAAGAAAUGAAUACUACUUCUAAUUCUUUGUGAAAGAAACCUGCUUUAUUUUUCUCAUGAGGACGUUUUUGGGUCCUGAUCCUGAGGAGAGGUAAUCCACAGUAGUAGCCCUUGGGACAGUAACUGGAAGCGAUCAGAAGGUUUGGAUCGGAGAUAAAAGUAUUACGCUUAGGAUUUAGCGUGGACAUGUGCUCACACACACACACACACACACACAGACAGACGAAAACAAAUACAGUAUAUAUACACACAUUCACAUUCACAAACACAUACUUGUUUUUCUGCAAUGUCAGGACAUAUCAUGACAAAAAACCUACAAAGUCAGGACAUGCCUUUGUGAGAGGGCUAGAAACAAGAAGAAAACAGCUUUGUGCUACAAAAACUCUGCAUAUAUGUUGUUAUUUUAUCUAACUACUUUCUUUAAGAGCUCUGAAACAUUAAUCCAGUAAAAAUGAGGACACUUUCAAGUGAAAAGCAAGGACGUACAAAAACACACACACACAACUUUCUUGAUAAUACCACAUUCUAGGGACAUGGCAGAAAAUCGGCUACAUAACCACACACUUAUCAAAUAGUUACAAUCAGGGAUGAUGAAUCACCUGAUGAGUACCUGUAAUUAUUGUGGUGGUGGUAGUGGUGGUGAUAUAGAUAAGGAUAGAUAAGUGAUAUAGAUAAAUAGAUAACAUUUUGUAGUUAAUUAUAAUUAUAUACACUUACACACACACACUUUCACAUACACACACACACCUCACACUGAUGGCAUGUUUCCAACCAGAUCCAUCCUAGUCCAAUAUAUAUAUAUAUGUGUGUGUGUGUUGGUGUGUAAGUGCGUGUGUGUGUAUAUAUAUAUUUUUUUCCUUUAAAUUGUCUCUAAUACCUUAGAGAUAGAUAGCGAGCUGAGAUUAUUAUUGAUUAUUGAUUACUGAUUGCUAGGGCUGGGUAUCACUGCUGAUUUCCAAUUCAAAAGUCUCCCAAUUCGAUUACAUUUCUGAUUCGAUAUUGAUUAAAUUAGGGAUGUUUCAGUUACAGGUUUUGUUCAGAUAUAGAUAAAAAUAGAUUUUCAGAAAUCAAACUGUGCAAGAAAAACUCAGUCUAUCAUUAUUAAGAUUAAAGAUUUACUAAUUUUAAACAUCAAUCCUGCGUUCAUUAAUUAAUAAAUUGAUGUUGGAUCAAUUAAAUGAAGAUUGAUAGAUUUGAAUUGAAAAAUCUAUUUUUUAAACUAGUCCCUACUGAUUGCACUCCUUGGGUUCAGGUUUUCAGUUCUUUGGUUCUUCAGUUCUUCUGUUCUUCAGUCUCACUAAAGAUCUCAAUACUAGAGAACAAUAAUAAUGAAGAAUAUAAGAUAAAAGUAUACUUAAUUUACAUGCGACACCAAAUCAGAUUUAAGAAGCCAUUGGUGUUACAUAUUAUCAUCUAUAAAAUUGUAUUUUUGAGGACAGUUUUGAUUGAUAAGGUGGUGCUAGCGUGAACAUCAUCCAUCUGUCAUUAACCACAAAGUUUUGUGGAGUUCUGCUUGGUGGACUAGUUAAAAGCAUCAGGGAUCAAGGUUGUAUAAAACACUGUAUGUCUAACACAUGCAGCAGUUUUUCCAUUGCUAUCUGUUAUAUGUUAGCAGUCCUAGGAUGUGCGGUGCCUUUCAGUGAAAGAUAAAUAAAAAAAAGAAAGAUAGAGUAAGUUGGGCUACGUUAUAAUAAGAUUUUUAGCUUAACAUGUUGGACAAUUGACUCUUGACUGUGAUAAAUCAAAGAUAGGUCCACCUCUAAAAAGUCUCGUUUAUAUAAAGUUUUGGUUUUGGUAGGAGGUAUACGCGUAUACAUCGAUAGUUUGUACCUUACCUUAAAAUAAAAAAAAAAAAGAAGAAACACAUACAAUAGUUGCAGAUGUUCAACCUGUUCAGACGUGUCCUCCUGUGUGUCGUUUGAUGCCUUGUUUGCAUUUUUCUCUUUGAUUUGGUCUUGGAAUCGGUUUAUUAGUAAUUUUCCAUUCAAAAGCUACGUCACUUUCCUCCUACGAACACUUUUGGUCGUUGUCGUGUUCUGCGAAAUUCCCCGCUCGUCGACCGCUCGAGUCCAGAACCGAAGGCAGGUGAACGGUGCUAGGAGAGGGGAAAAAGCAGGCACUUUUCCCAAGCCCACAUCUGUCCAGCUGUUGUCAUAGAAGUGAACAAUGCAUCUUUAUCUUCUUUCUUUGUUUCUUUGUUUUUUUACAGUGUACGUAAUAUUUGCCGAUAAUAAAGUUCUAUUGACCAGA